CCUAUGUGUAUUAUGCAUAGACUGGCAUUGAUAGCUGCCCAGGGCAAGAUGAUCCCGGGCAGCAGAGACGUUCCGGAGCGGCGGGGACGUCACGGGGACGCGGCGACAGCGAUGGAGCGCAACAUCCAGGGCAGCGGUGACGGUCCUGAGCGCGGGGACAGGCCUCCUGUAUGGACACACAGUAUCUCACAUAAAAAACAUUAUAAUCUGUAUCAUCUGAUGGGUGUGUGAUCUGAGAGACAAGUCUGAUCUCCAUGGUGCUGAUCACAAGGGCAGGAUCAAGACCAGGGCUUCACAAUAUAGAAGAAUUAUAAUAAAAACUUCCCCCAAAUGUCCCUGGGGAGCAAGGUCAGACCUGUCCUAUCUCCUCUAUAAAAGCAGCAGCGCAAGCCGUCCGCUAUACGACAAGGAAACAACCAGCAUGCAGCCUGCGAAGUGUCAGGUCCCAUUGUCCAGGAAGUGGUGGAUUGUGGGUAUUGGACUUGCGGUGCUGCUGGUCGGGAUGGUUGUGGCUGCGACAUUAAUUGGCGUUUACAUGACGCAGAAGCAUACGGAGAAGAUGGUGACGCUGUUCUAUGAUACCAGGGACGGGCAGAGGAUUCAACAGACAAUAUCCGUCAAUGAGCAGGAAAACAUGGCCGCCAUAUUUGUCAGCAGCAGAAAUGAUUCCACCGCCGUGUUGUAUGAUUACAGGAGGAACCUUAUUGGGAUCCGGACGAUGAACAGCAGUGUGUGUUAUGUGCUCAGGAUGGACAGAUCCCAGACUCCAUCUAUACAGGAUAUACUGAGAGAGAUGGAUAAUAUCAAGACCCGAAAUGCAUCCCGGGGAGACCACAUGACGUACGGCGUUAUACCGGAGGGGAAAGCAAACCCUAUAGACGUGGGGAUGUGCGUGAACAUUCUCUGCAGCGAUGUCGACAUCUACUGGGCAAAAUUGGAGCGUCCAGAACGUGUGAGGAAGUUUAAACUGAAGAUAAAGCUGAAAAUAAUAAUUAUUCUUAACAUAAAGAUUGGAAGAAAGAAAAGAAAGUAAUGAAGUUGUACCUGCGGGUCUUAUUACUGGGGAGAAACAUUGUAUGAUCUGCAUAGG